UGAAUCACAUCCGUCGAAAAAUCAAAACGUCACGUCAGUUCUAAAUUCGUCAAUUUUGUUUCUUCCACACCAGCAAAUACAUUCUUAUAAUCUUUGUUCGGUGUUAUUCUAUUAGCGCAUAAUCGGAAUUUACAGAUUUUCUCCUUUUACCGUACAGUUCUCCCUAUUUCAAGAUGCCGCGUGGAAAGUACACGAAUCACAAGGGCCGUAACCGUAAAUUCACGAGUCCUGAAGAAUUAGAGGAGCAACGCAAACAGGAGGAAUUAAAACAAAAAUGGAGAAAGGAGCAUGGUGAUGUCAGUUCGAGUGAAGAGGAAGAGGCAGCGAAGUCCGGCUCUGGAGACAGUAGCGAGGAGAGUGACUCCGAUGAAGAUCACCCUACCAAGGCAAAGGGAGUGUCCGGACUGAUAGAAGUAGAAAACCCCAACCGAGUAGUGAAGAAAAAUAAGAAAUUAUCUAGUCUAAAUACACUCACGGCCGGCGAGCCCGAGAAGCCACAGCUUUCCAGACGCGAGCGCGAAGAGAUCGAACGCCAGCGCGCGGCGGCGGCCUACCAGAAGGCGCACGCUGAAGGCAAGACAGACCAGGCUCGUGCGGACCUGGCGCGGCUCGCCAUCAUCCGGCAGCAGCGCGAGGAGGCCGCCAAGCGCAGGGAACAGGAGAAGAAGCAGAAGGAGGAGUCUACCACUAAGAAGAGGUAGACAAUGAAUGAACGUAAGGCUGCUACGGAUUGUUAUCUCACCAGUGAAGUUAUACCAGCUGGGGGUGUUCAAAAUAAACAGGAAUUCAACUCGAUAAUUAUGU